AUGUCUGUACGUGGAAAGAAACACGCAGUGGCUGGCAAAACUGGAGCUGCACCGAAGAAAACCAAAUCAGCUCAGGCUGGUCUGCAGUUCCCCGUGGGUCGUGUCUACAGGCUCCUUAAAAGAGGGAAUUACGCUGACAGGAUCGGUCCUGGCGCUGCCAUCUACCUGGCUGCAGUGCUGGAGUACCUGAGCGCAGAGAUCCUGGAGCUGGCAGGGAACGCUGCACAUGAAAACAAGAAAGCCAGGAUCCUGCCCAGGCACAUCCAGCUGGCCGUGAGAAAUGAUGAUGAGCUGAACAAGCUCCUCUCCUGUGUGACCAUUGCUCAAGGAGGGGUUUUGCCAAAUAUCCUUUCCCAGCUCCUUCCCAAGAAAACUCUCCUUCCCAAGAAAACUGUCAGAGAUGCUGCUCCUUCUCAGGAACAAGGUGGCAGCCGGUGA